GCUACGCUAUCUAUAUGAUGUUCGUUUGCUUGCUAAGUCAAGCUCUAUCUACAAAAAUAGGUUUUAAAGAUGGAUUCCAACUAGAGGGAACAGGAUUUGUGCAAUCAGAAUUUACAAACUUAAUAGACCAUUUCGAUCCAACUGAUGAGAGAACUUAUACACAAAGAUUCUGGUACAAUGCUGAUGCUUUCGACUUCAAGAAUGGUCCAAUUUUUCUGUAUAUUUGUGGGGAAUACGUCUGUGGCGUAAAUGAAGAACGUCAGUUCCCUGUCAAAGUAGCACAAGAAUUCAAUGGACUCUUCCUUUACCUUGAGCAUAGAUACUAUGGAGAAUCCCAGCCAUUUAGUGAUGAUCUUGAGACAAAGGAUUUAGUAUACCUCUCAGCCAAGCAUGCUCUAGCUGAUCUAGCUGUGUUUCUUACAACUCUUAAUGACAAGAUUGUUGAAGAAAAUGGAGGACAAAAACGCAAAAUCAUUGUUGUAGGAGGAUCUUACCCAGGAGCUCUGUCAGCAUGGUUUAGAGCCAAGUAUCCACAUAUUGCUGAAGCUUCAUGGGCUUCAUCUGCUGUUGUUCAGGCUGUGGAAGACAUGCAUAUGUAUGAUUACCAAGUCUAUAAUACCACAAUGAGGAGCUCAUCAUCCUGUACUCAGGUUAUCCAAGAUACGACCAAAUUCUUCGAUAACUUAGUUGAUGAAGGUGACAGGACAACACUUGAUGAAAUUAAAAGUUAUUUUAAUGCUGAACACUAUUCUGAUGCUGAUUUUGCCAUCUCAUUUGCUAGCUCAUUUGCCGGCAAAGUUCAAUAUGGAGGAUCUCCAGAUAUGUGCCAUUUCCUUGAAACUCUGAUUAAUUCUUCAGUAUUCGAUCAAUUUAAAGCAAUUGCAAAGGAUGACGAACUCUAUGGCCACUUCCUGAAAGCUCCUAGACUCAAUGCUGCUAGCACAGGAAGAGCUUGGCAUUAUCAAUAUUGUACAGAGUACGGAUACUUCCAGACUCCUCAUGAUGAUUCUCCUAUGCGUUCAAAACUUCUCAAAAGACCUUAUUGGGACGAAGGAUGUCAAGAAUCUUUUGGAAAAGAUAUCUUAACUCAAGCCAAGGCUACCAAUGUUCACUUUGGAAGUGAUUUUGUGAGAGGCUCCAACACCUUCUUUACAAAUGGAGGUGAAGACCCAUGGCAAUGGGUUGGAGUGACCGAAGUCUACGAAGAACUUAACCAAAAAUCAAGACUUAUCCAAUGCGAAGGCUGUGCUCACUGUGUAGAACUCUAUAACGAGGAAGAAGAUGAUGCUGAUACUCUUAAACAGGUCAGAAUAGAAAUCAAAGAAUGGCUCAGAGAUAUUAUCUACGGAUAA